AUGCCCAACGGCGACGGUACCAUGAUGAGCAGCACACAAGUCGAGCAAAUCUCGGCCGAGGAAAAAAUGAUUCGGGUACAAAUGGAUGACCUCUCACGUAUUCGAAAAGAAAUGGUCAAUUUCAAAAAGACAAUCCAAGAACAACGCACGAAACGCCUUCUCCAUCGUCGUUUAAAACGUAUUGAAGCAUUGCGCGUCGAAAUUGUCGGCCGUCACCGAAAAAUCGUUCAAUUUAGCGUCGAUCAAUCCGACGAUUAUUUCACGGAGGAGAUUUUUGACUUGUUCGAAAAUGAAUAUCUUGAAGUGGUCGCCGCAAUUGAGACCAUGAUUGAUGAAAUGUAUCCCGACUCCGAAUCCGUUAAUCAAACAAAUUCCACGUCGGCAACUGAACAACCAAUUGAAACGAUAGCUCGUCAAGUCACUUACAAUAUCACUAACGACGUUCCGUUCAAAUUACCCGAAUUAACUAUUCCAACUUUCGAUGGUGAAUAUCGCGAUUGGCCCGCGUUCUACGAUGCAUUUUUGCAAAUACAUAAUCAUCCAAAAUUGACUACCAAUCAAAAAUUCACCUAUCUCAAGGUCGCACUCAGUCCGCGAGUCAAAACGUUCAUCGGUUGGUUGGACAUCACCGCCGAAAAUUACGAAGAAACGCUCGCCGAGCUGAAAAAGCGGUACAACAGUAAACGCGUUCUUUUCAAUAGCCACAUGGAUCAUUUCAUGAAACAACCACAGCUCGCUCAAGAAUCACCCGAUGGAUUUCAAUUAUUGCACGAUGUUUCAAGGUCAUGUCAAAUGGCGUUUCGCAAACUCGACAUUUACUCCGAAGAGUGUGGUGCAUUUCUCGCCUAUUUAAUAAUCGCUAAAUUACCGCAUUCAAGUCGAAUCGAAUGGGAGAAAGAGCUUGGCAAAUCGACUGACAUCCCAACUUUGGAACAAAUUCUUGAUUUCCUUGAUACACGUUUCCGUACUUUGGAAGCGGUUUACCCUCAAUCAAAGAAAAACUCACAUAAACCGUCUCCAUCUCAAGCAUCAAUUUCCAAUCGGAAAGAAAUAAAAUCAUUUCACGUCGCUUCGAAAGGUCUUUCGUGCCCAAUGUGUUCACAAUCACAUGCAUUGCGCAAAUGUUCCCGUUUUCUUCAAAUCGGUCCCCAUGAGCGAAAAUCAUUCGUCGACAAAUCAAAGUUGUGCGUCAAUUGCUUAGGCCAUUCUGCUGAUACCGCUUGCUCGAGUACACGAACGUGUUUCACUUGCGGUGGGAAGCAUCACACUUUGCUGCAUUUCCACAAAAUAACGAAUCAAGUCUCUUCAUUCAAUCCGAGAGCAACGACGUUUCAACCCAAUGCACAAACCGUACCCAAUGUAGCGAAUACAACGAGCACGACCGCUGCAGUUAAUUUAGUGAGUGCAAGUUCAAAAACCAUUCUACUCACUACGGCUCUUGUCGAUGUACCUGAUAUUAACGGUCAACUCAUUCGCCUCCGAGCAUUAGUUGAUCAAUGCUCACAACAUUCUAUCAUCACAACACGAGCCGCACAACGAUUAAAACUUCGUUCAAUACCUAUUUGUGUUGGUAUUCGUCCAAUGGGAGAAACUCAAUACAAAAUUGCAAAUAAAGGUUUAAAUCUCGACAUUCAUUCCAUCGUUGACAAAGAUUAUUCCAUUCAAACAACCGUCGCGAUAAUUCCAACGAUUUCUACCGAUUUGCCACUUUUCCCCGUGAAAACCAACGAAUGGCCACAUCUUCAAUCAUUGCCAUUGGCCGAUCCGUCGUAUGCAACACCCGGUCAAAUUGAUUUAUUGCUCGCCGGUGAAGUGUAUUUCAGCAUCGUUCAAAGUGGCAUAUGCAAAGGUCAAGAAGGUGAACUGGUUGCCAUCAACACAUCACUUGGAUGGCUUUUAGGUGGCGAAUUAUGUCAACAAAAACAUGUGACUGCCAUGCCA